AUGACGAUUAGGGUUUUGGCGAUUGGUGAGGGCAGGGGUUCGGAGUCGGGAGAUCGUGAUGCAACCAUGAUGGAUGUGGGAGAGAGAGCGAGACCACCAGGGGAUCCACCGGAUGCGGCGGCCUCGUAUGCAUCCAAAGGGGUGGGUACGAACGGAGGAGGUAUGCCGGUUCCAGAGAGUUUGAUUGAUGAUGUGUUUGUAUCUGAGAGGCUACGAGUGGAGUUUCCGAAUGGAGAGGAUGGAGAACCAUCGAUUACGAUUGAGCCGGAAGUUUUAGAAGCGAUGAAUGGGAUGUGGAAGCAGUGUAUGAUUGUUAGGGUUUUGGGAAGGAACGUCCCGAUCUCUGCCUUGAGCAAGAAGCUAAGAGGUUAUGGAACCCUAAAGGAGGAAUGGGGUCCAUGGAGGGCUUUUGGCAGUUAUCUCAUGGUGAGAGCUUGGUCGCCGGAGUUCGAUCCGUUAAGAGAUGACAUCGUUACGACGCCGUUUGAAAGAGCAAGGUUUGCGAGAGUUUGUGUAGAAGUUAAUCUUGCAAAGCCGUUGAAAGGGACAGUCCUAAUUAAUGGAGAGAGAUACUUUGUAGCUUACGAAGGGUUAGCUGAGAUCUGUUCAAAGUGCGGAAUUUAUGGACACUUGGUUGAUGGAUGCCCAAGAACAAUUACGGAAAUAUUGGCUGAAGUAGCUAUACAGACGGAGGCACAGUCAGCUACGCGAUCACCCACUAGACAAGAACCAAUAGUGCAGGAGAAUGGUUUUACUCCGGUGAGGAGCUCAAGAAGAGGGACGCAGAUACUGCCUCGACUGGUGAACGGCAGGACUGCGGAAGCCGGCGGGGAGACAGACAGGAAUGUCCAAGAGAUCCCGCGGACCGAGGGAAUCGCAAACAUUGCGAUAUCCAACAAAUUUGGUAGUUUAGAGCUGGAUACAGAUCGAAGUGAAUCAAGAAAAGAGAUUGUGUCUGGCGAGGAGAACAAGGAGAAUCAGAUUAUGAACAUCAAAAGAAAUGAGAACAAGGAAAUUUCGCAAGGGAAAGAGACUCUAAUCUUUGGAGGGAAGGUGAAUAUAAGAAAGGAUUCGAAAAUGGUGAACAAGGAGAAAUGGGUUGGGAAGAAAGUAGUAGAAGGAGCACGAGGAAGGCCCAAAAAUUUAAACAAUAAACCCGCUAGAGGUUUGGUGUUUGGGCCCACUAAAGGGGAAGUCAGUCUAUCGGAGUCGGGGAAACGACUGCGAGUGGAAAGUUUGGAGGCAGGGAGAGCUGGGGGUGCCUUCAGGGAGAGUGUGGCGGAACCCAGAGUUACGGUAAAGCCAUUGCAACUAAGAGAUGAAGAGUUGGAGAAUCCGAUGGAUAGUACCAUUAGUGAGAUGGAACAAAGGGAGACGGAGGCGCAGAUGGAAGCGCAGGGGGACAAAAGGAUUUUGGACCUCGCAUGA